AUGAAAAGGGAUGGGGAGCAAAAGGGGGGAGGAAAAAAGGGGAGAAGAAAAGGGGAAAGACGUAAAAGAGAAAGAAGAAAAAGUGAAGGAGCCCAAAAGGAAGGAGCCCCAAAGGAGGAAUCCCAAAAUGGGAGGGAAAAAACGAAACAGAUCGAGCAGCUCGGAGACCCCCCCCGCGGCCUACCCUCCGAGGAAGACUCUGCGCCAAACGAUUUUAGGCGAACCAGCUGGAUAUACAAAGAUAUAGAGAAUAUGCUGAAGGAGGCAAAUGAAAAAUGCAGCAAUUUAAACGAGAGAGGUGCAUUGGGCAGAGGCAUAGAAUUGGGGGCCUUUCCUGGGAGGAGUGAGAAUUCGGCGAAAUUGCCCAGCCAAGUCAACUCAAGUGGGCGAGACAAACUGUCCAGUUCGGUCAACGCAAGCGGACUAGCUAAAAUGUCCAGUUCGUCCAGCUCGCGCAGCCCAACCAAUUCGAACUCACCAAAGCACCUCACGUCAAGUCACUCCUCCGUAGCGACUGCCUCCCAAAGCAGCAGCAACAGGUCGGACGAAAUGGACGACUUGUCUCUUAGCGAUGAAUUGUCCGUUAACGAAGAUUUUACGGGGGAUAAUGAAAAUGGAAGUAGCUCCGUGGCUACAUCGAGCGGGGAUGGAAUGAGCAGCGAUAGCAAAAGUGACAGUAGCGACAGUCACGAUCGGAGUAGCGAUGAGGGAGGAGCUCAAAAGAGCCUCACUGGAGGUACAUCGAGCAAUGCGCGUGAGGAGGAGAACCAGCCAAACGUGUACUACAACUGCAUAACCAUUUUUUCUCUGAACAGCUACCUGUACAAUGACAUGUACCGAUACAACCCCCACCUGUACGGCAUUUACGAAACCUGCAGAAAUAACGAAAGGAGGUGCAAAAAAAUUGGCCUACUUUCCUCCCAAUUCGACUUAAUAUUCCUCAGAUCUGUUUUCGGAAAAUAUCAAAAAAAUUUAUACGAUGUGUUGAAAUAUACCCAUACUGUGCUGCUGGACAAUGUGCCCUCAUCGUAUGGCAUUUUAAAUGAAAUUUUAUAUACCCUCCAGAAUUAUGUGGACGGGAAUGGGGGGCUAUUCAUCUGCUGGAGGAAGAAACUCUUCCACUUGUCCUACUACGAUUACAUGUUUUUAUCAUCCGACAUUUUGUUUAAAAGGAAAGUUAUAAAAAUUGUGAAAUUAAUUUUUAAAGGAAAAUACAGUUUGUACAUUUUACACUGCGAAUUUGAUUUGUAUAGCGCUCAAAAUAAGAUGAGCAAUCUGGACGAUCUAGUUAUGCUGAUGAAGAAAACGUUGUGGAAAAUUUACCUCUUCCAGAUAUUUUACAUAAAUAGGAGACGAUUCAAACGUAGGGAAGCACCUCCGUGCAAUGUGGAGGGAUUGCCUCCACAUGAGCAUGUUGACAAAAUUGAGGCAAUAGCAAAAAUGAGCAGGGAGGAGAAGGAACUACACACGAGGGGGGAAGUGGUAGGUCCAUUUUCCAACCAGGGGGAUGAAGAAAAAGGGGAUAGCACCCACAGUCAUAAUGGCGACGCACCGGACAAGUCGACGGCAAACCAAACGGAUAAACCCGUAACAACCAUGACCUUUAGAAACAGCUCCAUGUUAGUUAUCGGAAGCUUCAACAUAGACGUCCAUGAGGAGGGGGCACUGUACGAAAAAGUUGUAAAUUUGAACGGCCAAGGCAAAAUGAAAGAUUUAUUUUUUUACAAAAAUAUUAAUUAUAAAUUGCAAAAAACGUACGACAUUGUGGAUCGGAAAAACACCCUGGUUAGCGGAUUGAACUACUCAUUUGGCCUGACGGAUAAUAUUUUCCUCGUAGAGUCCUUUUUCCUCAACACGGAAGACAUCACGGAAUUGACCUAUUUAUUUAGCCCCUCAGAUGUGAUCUCCGAAAAAAUGAGCAAGUUAAAUAAAUCCCUAAGUGGGUACAAUUUGGAAAACUUUUCCCAACUGAUUAACAAAAAUGGAGUGCUCAUAAAAUUCCAAGACGUCUUUAACUACGGAGUGGAUAUACUAACGCAGAAGAGGGGCAAAGAGUUUAGUGACCAUUGGGCUUUAUCUGCACGGGUUCAUCUAAAGAAUCCCAGCAAAAGUGUCAACCUCCAUAUAGAGAAGCAACUCCGUAACUUCUUGCUCAACGUUGACAGGUACUUCGUUUUGGGGAAAAGGUCCUACCACGAGCUGUGCGAUGUGGUCAGCUCUGCCCUCUCGGGGGAGCAGAACCCCAAUCGGGGCGGCAGACAUGCAGGGGGUCCAUUUAAAAAAAAGAACCACAAUGAAGGAGCCCCAAUGGACAAGUAUAACUACGCACAAAGGUGCAUAAUAUCAAGUGCCAACAUUAAUUGCAUUCACAGGGUGGAAAGACGGCUGUACAACACCCUGUCCCGGUGCUUCGAAUCUGAUUGA